AUGGGGAAAGAGAAGCAGUUUUGGCUGCUGAAGACAAAGGUAGGAGAGUGGUCAUGGGAUGAUCAAGCAGCCAACGGAGGCUUAUCAAAUUGGGACGGAGUGAAGAACAAACAAGCCCAGAAGAACCUCAAGUCCAUGCGCCUCGGCGACCUUUGCUUCUUCUACCACUCCGGUCCCAAAGCCCGUCGCAUCGCCGGCGUAGUCUCCGUCGUCCGAGAAUGGUACGAAGAUGAUGGUAGUGCGGUGAAUGUGAGGGCGGUAGGGGAGAUGAAGAGGUCGGUGGACCUGAAGGAGUUGAAAUGA